AUGGCAACAGAGCCACAAACCCUUAGAGGAACGCGUCGCUUCCCCUUCAAUAUAUGGUCCGGCCCUCCUUCACCGUCUUCGUCGCCUCCACCUUCCCUCCGCGAACGCCAUCUCGUGCUGCGAGAAGAUGGCAAGAGGAUUUCCUAUCCCUCAGGCUUGACCCUCCGCCUCUGCAAGGAAAACCUGGACGGCGAGAUCAAGCACUGGAUGGCCCCACCCCGCGGGCAGGUAAAACGCCCCUCUCCGACCAUGAUCGCGCAUGCCCGCAGGGGGAACCUCACAGGCUUCCUCGAAGGCGGCAUGAUCCUGCGCGCCUCCGAUCUGGAGGUCGAGAGCGAGGAAUACCUGGAAACUUACCCGGAUGAGCGCAUCGUGGAUGCCGAGACUGGUGCGCUUCGUCUGAAUAUGUACCGCGAGGGAACGGGAAAGACGGAAGGCACCGCCGGAAAGGCUGUGGAGUUCCAGACCGAUCAUCUGGAAGAGGACGAUGAAUUGCCUGAGCUCAAGGAUCGGUUCGCGGCGAAUCUGUUCUAUGUCGCGCUGCCCGUCGUAGUUCCGACUCAACAAGCCGAGACUAUGCAUUUCGCAAAGGAGUUUCUGCCUUCGCAUCAUUUUUGGAGACGGGGACCGGAUGUGGAUCCGUAUAAAUCGGCGAACUAUAACGUGGGCAGAUAUAUCGAUCUACGUAACAAAUAUGACCCGAUCAAGGAAAGGAAGAAGCAAGGGAUAAAGGCCAGUUCAAGAGGACCUGCUUCCAGGGCACCGGUGCAAAGUAAUCCGGUAGAAGAGGAGGAUGUUGGAGGAGAAGAGCAUCAAGAAGAGGAAGCGGAGACCAGCGGCCUGUCGACCCCUCCUAUCCACCUGGACACGCCCUCGCCACCACUAGCCACUAGCUUCUCAAAGUGCUCCACACCGCCUCGUGAGAGGCCGGCAGCAAAGCGCCAAAGAACGGCAAGCGCGCCACUUCUGUUCUCAAAUAAGUCCGAAUGCGUCACAACCUCUCCGGAGUUCAUAAAGCUCGAGGCAGAAUUCGAGAAACAGCUUCGCCGCGAAGGCAUCCAGAAAGUCCUCAACGAGAUUGCGGAUUACGCCCCAGACGAGAUCGCUGCGCUAAGGGCCAAGGUGGGACGUAGUGCAUCUCGUGCGCCAUCCUUGCGGAAGAAGAGGGAUCUUGAGCACGAUGCUGUGAUUAUUCGCCAGCCUCUCGUUACGGUGGCGCAUAAGCUCACGCGUGCGGCGUUCGGCCUGCCUGUGAGCCCGAUUGGGAAAAGUGAUCCGUUGACGAGAGACAACGACAAGGUGGAUGUUGAGGAUGACCUUGACUGGGAUAAUGGAUUCGAGGGCUCGGAGUGGGGGGCUUCGGACGAAGAAGUCGAGGUUACUUCUGGUGGCAGGGCUGGAAGCUCUAGCAAGUCUCCGGUGGGCUUUGCAAAGAAGAGUAGCAAGGGGAAAGAGCCAGCAGUCGCACCUCCGUCCAAAGAACAGAGCCCUAUUAAUUGGGAUGCGGAAUAUGACGCCGCUGAAGAAUUUGGAAUUCUCGACGAGGGAUUCUACAAACCUUUUGCCAACUUGUCAUCCAAGCAUCGAUCCAAGGGCACCUCGCAUCAGCGUCCUCUGAAACCAGUGCCCUGCUCCAUUGCCCAUCCCGCCUCACAAAACCCAGUUGAAUUCGAUGAUGAUUCUGUGAGAGAGAUUGACGACGAUGUUGGGGUUUACACUGACUACGGCGGUGAAGAGAACUUUGAGUACAACGAGGGGGACCUAUCCCACCCCAAUUUCUGUCCCAUAUGCGUCGAGAUGCCCAAGUACGGCAUGGAUGCAGCGGUAGAGCAUGCCCGUACGCAUAUACUCGAGCUUUGGCCGCUAUGUCCCUACUGCAAACUAAACUGGUCUGAGUGGACCUAUGCUGAGCGUGUAGAGCAUUUGUGGGACGCGGAGGACUCUCUCCUCUGUGUAUCCGAACGAUUGCGUCCUGAGGAUCGGACUGGUUAUCGCAAGUACCUCUCCCGGCCCUCAGAGACUGAGAUUUGCCGUAAAACCAAGCCGGUAGGAUUGGUACCACGUGCCGCAGCACGAGCCGCAGCCCAGGCUAGCAUCAAUCCUAAGGACACGCGUAGGAGUGUGGAACAACCUGUUCAGCAAGCGCUUGCAAAAGCGCCCAAAUCCGCUAAGACACCGCCUCCCGCCCUGGAACUCGCGAAAGCACGCAAAGCCAGAGCGGCAACACGCCGAGACGCGACCUUCAGAGUGCAAGACGAUGAGUCCGAUGAGCCAUCGCCUGCUCUUAAGGCGCCUGCGAAGAGGAAGGCGCAGAACCAUCCCGAGGCGACUUUCAGACCGGCUAAGAAGGGAAAGGCGACAGAGGCUGAUGAACCAGAUUCAGCUCCUGUGACCCCAGUCAGAAAGUCGACUAGAAAACCUAAGCCUACGAAGGCCAAGAUUGCGGGUGCUGCCGAUGCGAAGACGAAGCCGGCACAAGCUCCUAAGCGCAAGAUGGCUGCAGUGGAGAUUCCUUCGCCCACCAAGCCUUCGGCUUCUCCUCGAAAGCUUAGGUCGUCCAAAGCAGCUACGAGUCCCUCAAUUACGAAGAAAGGAACCGGGACGGGUCGCCCGACGAAGAAGGCAGAGCCGAAGAUUCCGGUAAAGCUAGCGAAAGUGACCAAGAAAGCAACAGAGAAAGUAGGGAAGGCGAAAGCAGCAGCAACGGCUAAAGCGGUAAAGGCGGGUUAG